UUACAUGGCGUCCUUUCCAGCGACGCACUUGUUCGCGUUCUCCCUUUCUGACCCAUAGGAUCUUACAUGUUUUGACUCGCAAGCCCUGAUUUGAGUCUGUCAUCAUUGUGGACACAUUGCAAAAUGCAGUGAUGCACUGACGCGAAGGCUAUGGGUUCAGGUGCAUCCUCUCCGAAUAUUGCCAUCAUCGGCGAUUUUUCAGCACCAUUCCGAUAUGCGAGGUGUGUGGGACGUAAAUAAAAGAAGCGCAUGAUGUGGCUUUCCCUCAAGGAUGUUUGCUGAUGGACAGACUGACAUUCUUCUGGUAAUAAAAAGAAGAAACUGGAACAUACAAUCAUUUUACCUUCUGGAUAUCAGCAAAUCUGUCAGGCCAGAGUAUGCCAUCUGCACCAACUUACAGAAUCCUACGACCCCUACUGCUUGGUAUCUUUUUAUUAGGAUGCUUUGUGACUUUGUUUUUAAUGUACAUCAAACCAUCUACGAGCUGGUUAUCAGGCCCGGUCGAGUCAGAAACAUCCACAGCCCGAGUGAAGAGCCUCCUUUCCACCCGAAGUGAACAGAACCAGACCACCAUCCUGGUCUGGCUUUGGCCUUUCGGCGAAACCUAUGACCUGAAUGUCUGCAGCUCUUUGUUCAGCAUCGAUGGCUGCUUCAUCACCGCUGACCGAAACCUUUACAACAAAUCCGACUCCGUGGUCAUACAUCACAGGGACAUCACCAGCGACCUGUCCAACAUGCCACCGGCGUAUCGGCCCACGUUGCAGAGAUGGAUUUGGAUGAACUUCGAAUCACCUUCGCAUUCAUCUCAGUUACCUGGAAUUGAAAACUUGUUUAAUUUAACUCUAAACUAUCGGCAGGAUGCUGAUAUAGAAGUGCCUUAUGGAUCGAUUGUCGCAGCCCAAGGAGAGGAGGACUUCGUGCCGCCAAGCAAGAACAAGCUGAUUUGUUGGAUCGUCAGCAAUUGGAACCCAGAUCACGUCAGAGUGAAAUACUACAAUGAACUCUACAAGCACAUCGAGGUUCAUGCAUACGGACAAGCAUUUGGUGAGUACAUUUCCGACCAGGACUAUUUCCCUACAAUCGCAAGCUGUAAAUUCUAUUUGGCAUUCGAGAACUCGAUUCACAAAGACUAUAUCACUGAGAAAUUGUACAACCCGCUUUCUGUUGGCACCGUACCCGUUGUGCUCGGACCACCAAGGGAGAACUAUCAGAACUUCGUGCAGGGAAAUGCUUUCAUCCACGUUGAUGACUUCCCGUCUCCGAAGGAGCUGGCUGAUUAUCUCCUGUUCCUUGACAAAAACGAGGAGCUUUACCUGAAGUACUUUGACUGGCGUAAACACUUUAAGGUGAAAAAGGCGUACUUCUGGGCCGAGCACACGUGUCUGGCUUGCGAUUACGUCAGAAGGCACAAUGAGUACAAAGCAAUUAACAAUCUUGACAAAUGGUAUUGGGGUUAAUUCACAACUGAACCACUGGACCAGAUUAAUGAAAGUGGCUUGACAAUAAGAGCUUCAUAUAACUUAAUUCCAAUGAGGGUCUGUUGUGAGCACUUGCAGACUUUUAUUUUUGUAAAAUGUCCCAAAGUAGAUGUACAUUUCUUUCGUGUUCGGUUUCACGCGUUUAUUAAUCUGGACGCAAAUUAUGCAGUUUAGAGUUUAGUAUGUAUUUAUUUGGAAAGUUGAUUUUGACCAAAAUGCACACAUUCGUUUAAAGGGAUAGUUCACCCAAAAAUGAAAGUUCUGUCAUUAUUUGCGCACCGUCUUGUUGUUCCAACUCUGUAUGACUUUCUUUCUUCUGUGGAACACAAAAGAAGAUAUUUUGUAAAUAUUUUGGAUGCAAAUCAUGCAUUUUAGAGUUAACAUGGAGGGACAUAAAAGAAGAUAUUUUGAAGAGGGAAUCCUGUUAAUGCCACGGAAUAAAAAUCUAAAAAAGUUAAUUGCAACUCAAAGUUCAGAUAAGUCAUAACUGUAAGAUAUAAACUUGUAAUUG